AUGGUACAUCAAAAUGCAGUACUAAUUAAUUGUUCCUUUUCUUUUUUACUUUCAGUGGAUCCCCUCAUCCACUGCCCUAUGUGCAAAAAAGGUUUCCCUCAGGAGAGUAUAUUAGACAAUAUGUUUGUGUGUGAGGCUCAGAGUUGUGGGGAGCGAGGGACAAGUAGUGCAACUGAAGAAAGUUUUACCUGCACUUCGUGUACUGAUGAGGCAGUGGCAACAGGCCUUUGUACAGACUGUUCAGAGUGGCUUUGUGAUCAGUGCAUACAGGCCCAUAAGAGAGUGAAGGUUACCAAAGAUCACAUCAUUAAGGCUAAGGGAGAGGUGGACUCUGAUUCAUCGUCGACGACUAAGACUCAGGUCAAGAAGUCACUUUUCUGUAAUGUACACACAAAGGAGAAGUUGAACCUAUAUUGUCAGACCUGUGAUCAGCUGACGUGUAGAGAUUGUCAGCUUAUUGAGCACCGGGAGCAUAAGUACAAGUUUUCUGAGGAGAUGGCCAGUCUCACCAGAGACAGACUCAGACAGUUCCUCAUGGACAUUCGGAAAAAGAGAGGCUAUAUAGAAAAUGCUAAGGAGUUGGUGGCAGAACGAAGACAACAGAUUCUCAACAAACAAGACUCUGUGCAGGCAGAUAUUAACAGACUAGUCGAAACGUAAGGUUUUUUUGAAAUUUUCAGACAGCGUGGGAACCCGUUCGAAAUUUUGCGUGAAGUGUGUAAUAGCAAACAGGAGCAGCUGGAUAAGAAGAAUGAGGUGUUACUGCACCUUGGCUCUCAGGCUGACCAUUGUAUUACUAUUGUGGAGGCAGUGCUCAGUACGUCAUCAGACAUGGCUCUCCUUUAUUCAAAAAAGUUGCUAAUGGAACAGGUAUUGAAAGUAGACAAAGAUUCUCCUGACAGAAGCUUAUUUGAUCGUUUUAAGGCGAAGCUGAAUUCAGGUGAUGAUAUCUCUCUAAGAAUAUCAAGUGAGUCUCGGGGACUUGGCAAAGCAUUAAAAGAUGUAGGCUACCUAUUGGUGGACAACAAAAUCUACCCACCUCCCGAUGGAGCAGUACAAAACAAAGCUCGAUCGUCUCAGCCCUCUCCAGUGGACCAGUCGGCCUCCCCACAGCCUCCUCAGCCACCUCAGCCUCCUGCCCUCACACCUAUGCACUCUCAUAUCCAGCAUCAGCAGCAACACCACCACCUUCAGAGUGGGAGUAAUAUGCAUCAUAAAUUUCACACAUUUGGUCCUGGUCCUCCUGGUCCUGCUAAUCCACCAGGCCUGGUGAGAAUACAGCCCAAACCAUGUGCUCAGCCCCACCCAGGGGCCAGUCACACCACCUUUGCUAGAAUGCCUCAGUUGACCCAGGGCAGGUCAUCAGACGUGUCUUCAUCUGUUUCUUCUACAACUCAUCCCAUUGGAGAAAAUAGUCAUCUUCGAGGGCUUUUAGGAUCUGGUGGGACAUACAAGCUAAAUGCAUUUAAUCCUCAUUUAGCAGCUCGCCUACAGCAGCACCAACACCAACAGCAGCAGCCACAUCAGGGGCCAGGGCGACACCAUGACCAACAAGGGUCAUCCAGAGGUCCAGUUUCUUUUAGACAAAGUACUAUGACUCCUGCUGCUGCUGCUGCAAUGGCAAGUAUUUCACAAAUGGCAGCUGUAUCAGCGGCUAAUAACAACCCACUAAGCAUGGUGAACAUGAGUGGGCAGUUAAAUCCUCCAUCAGGAAUUAGUAUUACUCCUGUUCCUCAGCAGAAGCAAUCUCAACCUCUCCCACAGCAUGGGCAUUCACAAAUUCAGCAACUUCAGCAACAGAAGCAACAACACCAACAGCAUCUCUCUCUACAGGGCAUUUUACGAAGCACUUUGUCACAACCCACACUAGGACCAAAACCAGACUCCCGUCAGCCGUCACCCCAUAGUACUCAACAGCCACAGCUGAAAGAGAGCAGCAGUCCUACUCCAUCGUGGCACAUUCCUCAAACACCUGAAUCCUCAAAAUCAUCUCUUAACUCCAACACACCAAUGGUUUCCAUCCCCCAUGAGAGUGUAGACAACUCCUUCAAAAUUGUACUUGGGCCCAAUAAAACCAAUGGCGGGGUGAGUUCCUCAACUUCGAUCACCUCCAUCACCACUACUUCCAACAGUACCUCCAACGUCCCUCACAACUUGCCCCCGCUCACCAGGAUCCCAGGCUUCAGGUCAAUCCUUCCCAAGCCCUGUGGAAACUCAGAUGGGAAGGAGACCGCCAACGAAGCUAGGCUCCAAAGUGAAAGUUUGGGCCAGGAUUCCUUUGGCGAAGACAGUAAGUCGAAGGUUACUACUACACCAUCAGUCUCUAUAACUUUAGCAGCCUUGACUGCAGCUGCCUCUGCAGCCACAGUCUCCGAUUCCACUAAUGGACCAAGAUUAAAAGUGGAAGACCCCUUUUCCAACUCCACACUUGCAGAUAGUUCGUUCAGUCCCUCCAGUGGAUUAACCACAGAUGACCGAUUACACAUAACAGAAAAUGGGUUGGCACCUGGCACAUCAGUACCGUGGAAAAAGGAUCCAAAUGAUCCUAAUGAUGAUUGGUGUGCAGUUUGUUGGGAUGGAGGUGAUCUUAUCUGUUGUGACUUUUGUCCAAAGGUAUUCCAUGUGCAUUGUCAUAUUCCAACACUGACGCACCUUCCCACUGAGAACGAAAAAUGGCAGUGUAUGCUCUGUACAGACUUGGACAGCCUGCAGCUCUAUGAUUCUGAUGAAAAAUCAAAACGGAAAUUGGGACUAACAUCACGUGAUAUAAAAGUUGCCCAAAGAAUAUUGCUUGAACUCUAUUGUAAUUAUGAAGCCUCUCAACCUUUUCGAGAACUUGUUGAUAGGGAGUUGACAGAAUACUACGAAGUCAUCAAAAACCCCAUGGCUCUUGAAAUUGUAAAGCGAAAACUUGUACCAGACAGCCCUCAUCAUUAUGAGGGUCUUGAAGACUUUGUACGUGACAUCCGAUUAAUCUUCAGAAAUUGUUAUGAGUUCAACCCAAAAGACACAGAAAUAUACCAGAAUGCUAAGAUCUUGGAGGACUUCUUCGAACAGUUGCUAGAAAAGUGGUUGACAGACUAUGCUUUUGAUGCCAUGGACACGCUGGAUGAACCAGAUACCCCAGAGCCAAAGAAGAAAAAAAAAAUGAAGGAAGGUGAUCCAUUACUUCAUAUUCACUGAAAUCAUGUUACUGGAUGAUGUUUCACAAGCACAUUAUUUGGUCAAGAUUUUUGCAAGUGUACUAAAGUGUAUUUGCUAUGUAUGCUCUCAGCAUGCUUGUCUUGGGACACUAUUUGGUGUUUUAAUAAAUGCCUACAUACCUCUUUCACUGUAAAGAGUGUCUUGAAAGAGUAAGACAGAAGGCAAGCACAAGGUCAGAUGAGCUGUGUAGGAUGUAUUUUUUUAUUACAUGUAUUUGAUGUCAGAAGGACUGCAUCACUCUUCAGUUUUGGAGAAUCUUCUAUUCCCAAAAUUUGGUUACUAUUCUGUUAAAUUAUUUCUUCACACAGAGCCAGAAGUUUAUUCAUGACCAAAGAUGAUCAGUAAAAGUGAGUAUUUUUUAAAAUUUUCUGUUUGAACGAAACAGAACUUGUAAAUUUUGAACAGCAACUUGCUCAACAGCACCAAAUGUCUUAGGAAAAGUUGUGUGUGUACUAUCCUUUUGUAAGCAUUGGAAGUAGCUUAUACACAAAAUAUAUAUCUGUUAAAAGGAAACUUGCAGACAUAAGCUAAUAAAAUUAUUAAAUUAUAUUAUUUAAGAAAAGUAGGCUUUAAUUAUUUUUUUAAUUAAUGAGUGAUUUAUCUUAUCUAGUAUUUCCUGUAUUAAAAAUUUAGACUUUUUCUAUUGCAAGAAAAUGAGCUUGGUAUUGUAGAGCGGUUUCCCCUUGAAGAUAUUAAUUUGGCAGCCAGAGCUAUAAUAUUUCAUCUCAAAAUGUAGUAUAUACAUUUUUGUUGAAUUUUUUUCAUGCAUUUCUUUUGCAUUUUGGAAGAUGAAACUCAUGAGAUUCAUUUCACAGUUUGGAUAGUACCAGGUAUGUGCAUUGAUAUAGAUGGCUAUUUUGAUGUGGAUUAUUUUACUCUACCCCCCAGUAUGACUAAAUUUAAUAAAAAAAAUAUUUACAUAAUAUUUUAUAUUUUAAUCAUAAAUCUGUUUUUAUAUAUUAAUCAUAAAUCUGUUUUAGUCAUGGAACAGCCAAGCUGCAGUUGGCACUCCAGUUAUUUUUGCAUCAAUAAUAUAUUCCAGUUAAAAUUUAUGUAUUUUGUUAGUGGCUUAAGUGGACAUGCACAAUAGUAAUAUCAUUGUUAUAUGAUACCUGUACAAAAUUGAUGAAUAAUCACUGAUAAAAAAUAUAAUCCAGUUCAUUGUUAAACUUUAUCCACCUCUAAUGAAAUGACAUUCUUUAAAACAAGAUGGGAUCCAGUGAUAUGAGCUUUCAAGUUGUUGCUGGCUUACUGAGUAGGUUGGUGUCAUUGCAUUAUGCAAAACCAGGAAAAAAAAUAAUUUGACUAACACCCCUAUAAUCUGCACUAGAAAUAUCUGUAAGAUUUGACUCCAAAUUUUAAACAUGGUUCACCACCGUAUAGCUGCAUGAAAAUUUUUUUAAAAAGAGAUUUGAGCAUUAUUUGUGUCUUGAAUACAUGAAGGUUUAAAGAUGGUAACUAGAAGUUUUGGGAGAAAGUUCUGCAUAUACCACUCUGUACUGAAAAUAUGGGAAAUAACUUACAUAUAAUGGACUUUCUGAUUAAAAGAAAACCGGAAGACAGAUAAGCUAUCAUAUAUUAAUGAUGAGGCAUUACUGAAAUAUUUAUUGCUUUAAUUUUCUUUAGCAUUGAAAGUUAGUAAUUUAGUUUUGUUAUAAUGAGAGCAGUAUAUGCUACUGGAUGCACAUUACACAGUUUAGCUCUGUGAGCUUUUCUUUCAGUUAAUAGGCCAUAACAUUACAUAUAAUUCAUCAGCGGCUUUAGCAAGAGACAAGUUAUGACUUAUGAAUAAGUUUCAUUAAGCCGAAUUAUACUGCAUCAUUCAAAAACAGUUCUGGUAAGUGCCAAUCAUGUAUUUCAUAAAAAAUAAUUUGAUUAUUAUGGUUGCUUGAUCAUCUUUGAAGAUAUAUACAUGGAAAAAAUCUUGAACUCUGACAUCUGAAGAAUGAGCUGGUUCUCCUUUAUAUUUUAUAAGCUGUAAGAUAUUGAUGCCUUAACUAGCUGUCAUCAUUUUUCACUUUAUUAUUCUUGUCCAAGUUCUUCAUUGUGUAUAAGAUUAUUAUAUGCUUGAGGCAUCAACUAAACAUUACUCUGAUAGGUGCAAUGUACCCUGUGGGCAUCCUCUUUAUUAUGAUAAGGCCAGAAAACGAAAACGUGAUGAAUGUGCUCCUGCAUACAGUAUUACUUGAUAUUAAGAACUAGGUGAGAUCUUCAACUUUGAUGUGCUCUUGGUAUAAAAAUAUUUCCCUCAUGGCAAACUGUUAACUCAGAGUUACUGAAAUUCUUAACAGUCAGUGUGCUAUGUUACUUACUGGAACCUCUAGGAAUGCAAGUAAAAUUACCACAACAUCUGGAUGAAAAUGUAUUCCACAGGAAAAAUAAAUACAAGCUAAUGUUUUAGUGGUGGUCAUGAAAGAUACAUAGUAUGGAAAACUUUUUUGGAUAGGGCCUUUGUUUGUUUUGUACAUAUUGUCUUUACCUUUUUUGGAAAAUGCAAAAACAGGAGAGGACUAGUUUUGUAAUAUAGUAUUGAUUAUUGCUCUCAUUGCAGGGCAAUCACUUUUCCUGUAUUUAUUUUCAUACCUCACUGCAUAUUGAAGUGCAUGAUAGCUAUGUCACUGUGACUGAUUUGAAUACAGUACAAUAUUCAACAUUUUAUCUAAUCUUCAGAAAUAAUGGUUACAAAUUUUGUCAUUUUUUGGUUUAAUGAGCAUAACUCACCAAAUUAUGUGUUGUCUAAAUAAACUGCAGCAUUUCUGUGUCCAGGGGGAGGUGUAGUAUACCUGACUGAUAAAUGAAAUACUAUAUUUUGUUUUGCGUACUUAUUGUUAUAAAAUAUUACAAAAAGGUCUUUAAUGUAUACAUAUGAAAUGAAAAAAAAGUAUGUUUGCUUUUUCAGCGGUGGAAAUUAUAAGUAUCUGUACCUUUAUUUGCUUCCCAUAUGUUAUUUGCAUCUAGUGACUCAGUGCUAGGACAAAAUUAUUUACAUUAGAAUAUUCCAAUUACUAUUGUACAGAAUCUCUCUGACUAUUUAAUUCUUUUUCAAUGUGGUAUUACACCAUUCUGCCAAUCAGGUUUCAUCAAAUGUGACAUUUUUCAUUCAUCUUUUCAUCCUUAAACCAUAAUCUUUAAACCCCUCAUCUGUAGGCAAAAUUAAGUAUUGUAAUUUAUAUUGAAUUCAGUGCCACACUGGCAUUAGAUGACAAUGUUAGUGGAGUAGUAAUGAUGUAAUUGUUCAUUCAUUAAAUGACCAACACGGUGUGAUAUCUAAUCUUGCAAAAUUAUGAUUAGACUUAUGACUUCUUAUUUUAUUGCUUUUUUAAUAUUUUAGGGCUGAUAUGACUUGUGGUGUCUUGCACGGGUCACAAGCAUUGGGUGCAGCUUGUUGUAUAUAGCAAAAGCCAAAACAUCUGGUUAUUAAUAACUAUUUAAAACCUGUAACUGAAAUACUUGGUCAGUUUGAUGGAAUAGUCAACAUUAUUUUCUAAUGAAUUAUGUGAAGAGUAAUAAACUAUUGAAGAAUGUGUUGACUAACAUUAGAAACUUUUAACAUGCUUUCUGCCCUCAUGUAGUGCAUGUAAACAGCAUUGUAAAUGUAGCAGUUAUGAAUUUUCUCUAUUUGUAUAGAUUUUUUUCAUCUGCUGCUGUUCUUGAAGGUAGAUCAUGCCCCCGAGAUUAAUUAUCAGAAGAAAUGACACGUCAUUUUACCAUGAUAAAUAUUGGCUACAUGUAUUUACCCUGAGUUUUUCCUUUUGUCAUAAGACUGAAACCUUAAACUCUCAUGGAAAUGCUGUACUGGAGGAUUAUAGAGUAGGACUUGGUUGCAUCCUGUAUUUCAGAACUGUAAUGGAAUAUAUUGCAGCUCUUUAUUAUAAAUAUAUUUAAGCCUCUG